AUGAAAGGAUUGACGCUAUUUGGAUCAAGACUGCCCUACCUCAAAUACGUUGCUGUAGUAUUGACGGUGUUGGUGAUAUACACACUCACCCAUCAUGGUGCCACGCUGUAUAUGGAUAUCAACAAAGAAUUGCAACAACAAGUGAAGCAGCCGCAGCAAUCAGAUCCAGCGAGCGGAAAAGUUCAAGUUCCAGAACAACUAAAGCACAAACCAAAAGCCUCUGUUGAAGAUAUCGAAAAGUUCCAAGAGCAGCUCUUGCUGGGUGAUAAAACUGGAUGGGAGGCUACAGAGUUACUCAGUGAAGAGGAAAGACUUGCCGCGGUUGCUCAAGUGAAAGAAUGGGCCCAGCUUAAUAAAGAAAAGCAGAAUGGGAAGGAUAAUGGUGCAGGUGCAGGUGCAGGAGAAUCGGCACAAGGACAAUCUCCACAACAAGCUGAACUGGCACCUGCUGUUGCUGAUGCUGGAUCUGCUUCCGGAUCCGCCUCAACGGUCGCUUCCAAUGAGAAAGUCAAAGCAACCUUUGUCACCCUUGCCAGAAAUCAAGAACUUUACGACCUCAUCAAAUCGAUCCGAGUAGUUGAAGACCGCUUCAACCACAAAUACAACUACGACUGGGUUUUCCUCAACGAUGUUGAAUUCACUCAAGAAUUCAAAGAUCUAACCUCUGCGAUAUGUUCAGGUAAAACCAAAUACGGCCUCAUCCCCAAAGAGCACUGGUCGUACCCAGAUUGGAUAGAUUUGAACAAGGCGGCUGAAUCGCGGAAAAAAAUGAAGGAGGAUAAAAUCAUUUAUGGAGAUUCGGAAUCUUAUAGACACAUGUGUCGAUUUGAGUCGGGGUUUUUUUGGAGGAACCCGUUGUUGGAUGAAUAUGAAUGGUAUUGGCGUGUUGAACCUGGUAUUGAAAUCCAUUGUGACUUGAAUUAUGAUUUGUUCAAGUAUAUGCAAGAUAAUGAUAAGGUUUAUGGGUUUACCAUAUCGAUCCAUGAAUUCGAAAAGACAAUCCCCACAUUGUGGCAACAUACAAAAGAUUUCAUUGAAAAGAACCCGCAAUAUGUGGACAAGGACAAUUUCCUUGACUUUAUCAGUGAUGAUGGUGGUAAGACUUACAACUUGUGUCAUUUCUGGUCCAAUUUCGAAAUUGCAAAUUUGAAGUUUUGGAGAGGAGAAGCGUACAAGGCAUAUUUCGAGUAUUUGGAUGCUACCGGUGGGUUCUUUUACGAGCGUUGGGGAGAUGCUCCCGUACACUCUAUUGCUGCUGCGUUGUUCUUGCCUAAAUCCAAAAUCCAUUAUUUUGAGGAUGUGGGAUACAGACAUCAUGUGUAUGGACAGUGUCCUUUGAACCCGCAGUAUAGGUAUGAGCACAAGUGUUCGUGUAACCCUAAGGAUGAUUUCACAUUUAGGGGUUAUUCGUGUGGUAAAAAGUAUUAUGAAAAGAUGGGGUUGACUAAGCCUGCUGAGUGGGUGAAUUAUCAAUAG